AGUGACGUCACGUCCUGAUCCCACCGCCGCCGCCUCCUCCUCCGCCGCCGCCGCCGCCUCGGCUUUGUGGCCCCGUACCGAGGAGCGGCCACGUGCACCGCGACCAGGGAGCCCCGCUCCGGACCCCCCAAGGCCCCCUCGGUCUCCGUGCCGCCGCCAUGGGCGCCUACCUGACGCAGCCCAACGUGGAGAAGGAGUCGUGGGAGCGCAGCUCGGGCCGCCUCUCCUUCGGCGUCUCGGCCAUGCAGGGAUGGCGCGUCGCCAUGGAGGACGCGCACAGCUGCCUGCCGGACCUGGACUCUGAGACGGCGCUCUUUGCUGUCUACGACGGCCACGGAGGUGCCGAGGUGGCACAGUAUUGUGCCAAGUACCUACCGGAUGUCAUCAAGGAGCAAGCGGCGUACAGGGACGGCAAGCUGCACAAGGCGCUGAAGGACGCGUUCCUGGCGCUGGACGCGCGUCUCACAGACGCUGCCGUCAUCCGAGAGCUCAAGGCCAUGGCCGUGCACGACACGGGGAAGGGUGGCACUGAAAUGGCCGACGAGGACGAUGUUGAUAACGAGGAGGCUGCCCUCCUCCAUGAAGAGGCCACGAUGACGAUGGAGGAGCUGCUGCGGCGCUACGGCCAGGGUGGCAGCGCCGCCCGGGCACGCAAGGGCAUCCCUCCCAAGCCAGAGCACGACGGUCUCAACGGGGAGGGCAGCAGCUGCCCCGGGGAGGCCGGGAAGGAAGCGCCGUCCGACGGGAAACCCCACGGUGCCGCCGCCGGCGGCAACGGUGUCCCGGAAAAAUCGGCACCAGAACCGGCAGGCGCAGCAGACGCAUCCCCGGGGAGUAGUGCCGGCCGUUCGGAAAGCAGUGGCGGUGGGGGAAGCACCGCCGCGUCAACGGACGACCAAUCGGGCACAUCGGCAGCACCGCCGGCUGCGCCAUCAUCGUCGGCAGCGACCAAGAAGGGUGCCGGCGCGGCCGCUCGGAGCGCCCGCUCCGCCACCAAGCCGGUGUUCUUUGAGGACAGCGACGACGACUCGGACGCAGACAAAGCGAGCAGCGACGAGGAUGAGGACAGUGAGGAUGAGAGCUGCAGCGAGGAAGAGGAGGAGAGCGAGGAGGAGGAGAGCGAGGAGGAGAGCGAGGAUGAAGAGGAUCCUGAUGAUGAGGACGUUGGGAUCCCAGGAAUGGAAAUCAGGGAGGAGCCUGGCUGCGACAGCGGCACCACGGCAGUGGUGGCGCUGUUGCGUGGGUCGCAACUCGUGGUGGCGAACGCAGGAGACUCGCGCUGCGUGGUGAGCGGCGCCGGCGGCAAGGCGGUGGAGAUGUCGUGCGACCACAAACCUGAGGACCAGGCCGAGCUGGAGAGAAUCUGUGCGGCGGGGGGCAAAGUGACGAUGGAUGGGCGAGUCAAUGGGGGGCUCAACCUCUCUCGUGCCAUCGGGGACCACUUCUACAAGCAGAACGCCCUGCUUCCCCCAGAGAAGCAGAUGAUCUCGGCACUGCCAGACGUACGGAGCCUCACGCUGACGGAGGAGCACGAGUUUAUGGUCAUCGCCUGCGAUGGCAUCUGGAAUGUGCUGAGCAGUCAGGAAGUCGUUGAUUUUGUGUCCGAGCGCCUGCACCGGCGCGAUGCUCAAGGGAACCUGCUGACUCUAUCGGCCAUCACGGACGAGCUGCUGGACCAGUGCCUGGCUCCAGACAACACUGGCGACGGCACCGGCUGUGACAACAUGACAUGCCUCAUCGUGACGUUCACCCUGCGGCCUGGCUGCCCUGCUGCUAGUGCUGCUACUCCUGCCAGCCCCCUCCAGGAGAGCAACAAGCACAAGCUGGAGUCAUCCGUGGAUGGGGAGGAGGAAGGGGAGAGAGUAAGCGAUGGGGAGGUGCGACAAAAAGAGAAGAGGGCCCGUACAGAGGCAUGAUGGGAGCGUGCGGUUUGUGCAGGUGCUCAGCCACGAGGGGGGAGGAGGCAGGAGGGAGCAGAGGUCGAAUUGACAGUCGUGCACACACACACACAAGGGUCCAGGCAAACCGUUGGCCAUCGUGAGGCAUCCAUUCUGCAUUGAGGCUGCGCGCGCAAAGUUUUUAAAUGGCUGCGUCCGUGCGUUGUGGAAGCGUUAGCUGAUUGCUGAUGCCGAGGAGUCACGAUGUCGGUGGGAGCCAUCACAGGGUUAGUGCAGCAUCCAGGCACCUUGCUCAGGAGAGCCUUGGCGGUUGAUGCGUCGGGGUCACCCAACACCCCUUUGCCCCUUGUCUCCCCGCGCGUCCCCAGUGUGUCGCCGUGGAUGCAGACUGUGAGAUGCGGGCUAACGGUUUGUAAUGUAUCUCAUAAACCCUACGCUGUCAUCGCCACUUUAUCUACGCCAAGCAGUGUAAGCUGUCCGUUCUGUCUCCCUGUGAUCGUUUACCUGGGCUGGCAUCGAAUUCUUGUUGCCUUCUGGCCUGUGAUCUCGUACCCCCUGACCCCAUGCCCACUCCCUGUAACCCUGAUAAGCAGUUGAGCCUUCCUGGCAAGUCGGUGUCUGUGCCAAGUAUUCACCACAAGGUUUAAUUACUCGGGUUUCUGAUGAUAAUUGAACAGAUGCCUCAGGCCAAACGUGAGCCUCACGAGGAAAGCCUGUGUUUAAGUCCGUGGCAUUGUUGGCUGUGCGGUUCCAGCCUGGCCCAGUGCUGGGGCGAACCCUCACCCGAGUUUUUACAGGGAGGCUGUGGUGUGUGUUAGGCGUCCGUGUGUGGUUGAGUGGUGUCUGGUAUCUGCGUGGUGUUCGUGUGGCGCGAGUGUGUCCAUGCGGUACAUUACGUCCUGUCGGGCAGAGAUGGAACAUUUCUAAAUUACAUGUAAUGUAAAUAUGUAAUUUAAUUACAUUUGUAAUUGGUAUCUAAAUUACACACGUUAAAGUAAUUGGUCAUUUGUAUCUACAUCACAUUUCCUCCAGUAAAUUGUAAUUUGAGUGUAUUUUGCCUGCCUUGCGUUUGAAUGGAUGGAGUUUUCACUCCGCAGACUCCGUUUGUCGCUGCCCCUCAUGUCGCUCAAACACCGCAGUCCUUUUCCGUGGAAAACGCUCCCAUGAAGUGAGGUUUAAAAACCAGACCAGGCUGGUGGGGUAAUAAGUUUGGGUUAGGAGCUGGGACGAGGAACCUCUCGAUGGCCCAUGGAUUGAUUUGCGCUGGGUCUCUCCGGGCCGGCGACCCAGGGAAUGUCUCUCGCCACAUCCAGGAUCCCUCUCGUGAAGGAUGCGGCUCCCAGUCGCCUGCCUUCUCUCGUCUACCGAUGACCUGGAAAAUAUUCGGUGAAAAAUGAGGCCCUGGUCGUGGUCCCAGGGGGUCGGCAUUUUGUUGAGGUUUCAUUGAGGCUGCAAUGAAGCAUUGUGAGGUCUCAUUGCUGCAGAUUUGUGUUUGACCUCGGACCGGUUUUCUAUGAUCGUGGCAGUGAUGGCGUUAACGCCAUCACUGCCCUCGGAUGAAGGCAGCGCGCUCGCUCCUCCCUCCACUCGCGAUGAUCCCAUUCCAAAGUCUCCGCUAGGAAUGACCAGGUGUGUGUCUCGGCCGGUUCUCGUCUCGUCAAUAAAGGAUUCGUGUUUUUA